AUGAUUAUCACACUCUUGUUUAUUUAUGUGAUAGCAGAAGACCCUAUGUAUCACUUGAAUCCAGAAACAAGUGAAGAAUUUAGUUGGGACGAAUUAAUGAGAGAUCCAAAGUAACGUUUAUUAAGUGACCCUUAUAUUGUGGAUGCUGGAGAUAUCUUUUAUAUUUUUAAUGUUGGUGCGAACUUAAAAGAAACUUGCAAAGGCCAGAAAGCCUCUGCAAUAAAAAAAUCAAAAUUUUCGGAUUACUGCGAAGUUGUAGGGACAACUGAUAAAGUUUCGUUUAGGUGGAUAAAUCAUCAUAAUAAAGGAAUUGCAAUAGAAUAUUGGACUAAAGAAAUGUGCUACUCUUGGAAUGAGCAUGCAACCUAUAAGAAAACGACGAUUGAAUUGCUUUGCAGUGAUGAUGAAUACGAUUUUGAGCUUGCAAGUCGCACUGAUACCUGUGAAGUAGAAUUUUCCAAGAAAACGUAUAUGGGCUGUCCUCAGAAAUAUACUCCUUUUGUGUGACUUAGAGUAGUUUGAAGCAUUUUAGGAGCAAUUUUAGUAGUUUCUACGCUAUUUGCAUGUAUGACUUGCAUUUUUGAAGAUGACUAUUGAGAUGAAGAGGAAACCAAUCAAGUAGCGCCAAGCGGGCCUGUUUGGAAAGAGAUGAAAACAAUUGUAAGAAAAGGCAAAAGUUGGGGUAAAUCAGUAAGCUUUAUAUAGACCUAUUCACAAAUAAAAUAUGCAAACUCUGAAUAUGAAAAAGUUUAA